GUGCUUUAUACGGGCUAUAUAUAGGGAAUCGUGGAAAGGAUUUCACAGAGAAUCAUCCAGGCUUGUGUAAUGUCUUGCAUUCUCAAGAACCAAACACAAAGAAAUUUAUUUGAUUCAUUGAAGCUUACAAACAUAUUUGUUUCCUCAAGGUCGCUGUAUAUGCUUAUAGCUUUGAGGAGACCUGCAGUACUCCAUAUUCAUCCCAGUAUGUCUCGUUGCUGUAAAACUGGAAGACCACCCGGUUUAAAAGGAAAGGAGAUUGGCCUCUGGCAUGCUGCACAAUCAAAGAGUCGACGUGAACGUCAACCUAAUUUGGCUUCUAUGUCUCUUGUUGGAAUGAAUUUGUCAAGAGUUCAAUCAGUAGUACAAGAGUGUGUGGAGCUUGGCAUUAAAUCGUCUACAGUCAAUAAUAAGCAAGUUUCGUGUGCGCAAAAAUCUUCAACUGUCCUCGCAACGAAAAAAAUUUCAGAGGAUGAAGAAGAAGUAGAAGCUGUAUUUGAAGAAAUCCAAGAUUCAUUCGAUAUUCCAAUCGACCAAUGCUCGGAUCCAGAUCAGAUGAUGCUCAUAGGGGGAAGCUUGGCCAAAAAUAUAUCCAUAGAUAACGAGCUCAUUCAGUCGAUGAAAGAUUGCAGGAAUUCUCAAAUGUAUAUGAAAAUGUUAGAAUCUAGACGUAGACUUCCGGCGUACCAAAUAAAAGAGGAUGUCGUUUCAACUGUACAAAACAACCAGGUUGUAAUAAUAAGUGGUGAAACAGGUUGCGGAAAGACAACUCAAGUCCCACAAUUCAUUUUAGAAGAUCAAGUCCUAAAGGGGAAUGGAUCUGUCACACGCAUUGUUGUUACACAACCACGACGUAUCAGUGCAAUUUCAGUUGCUGAACGUGUUGCAGCUGAAAGGGGUGAAUCAAUAGGAUCUUCUGUAGGCUAUCAGAUUCGUUUGGAACGUCGAUAUCCUCAGCGUCCUCAUGGUUCAAUUCUUUUUUGUACAACAGGAAUUAUUCUUCAAUGGUUUCGUUCUGAUCCACUGUUAAAAAAUAUCAGCCAUAUUAUUGUCGAUGAAGUGCAUGAACGUGAAUUCUUAUGCGAUUUCCUACUGUGUAUGCUGAAACGAAUAGCUCCUCUUCGUCCGGAUCUCCGGAUAAUUCUUAUGUCAGCAACAAUUAAUGCAGAUAGAUUCUCUGAGUAUUUUAAUAACUGUCCAAAAUUCGAAAUUCCUGGUAAAACAUUUCCAGUCAAAACUUACUACUUAGAAGAUAUUUUGAAAGAAACAAAAUUCUGGUUGCCAAACACUGCUAUGAAUAAACUUAAGCGUAACCAAGCGUCUACAUUAAAACAACGUCUUCUUAAAUCGAAUAUUCCUAAGAAAGAGGCUCUCAAACGGUCCUAUGGAAAAACUCCUGAGUUCUCUCGAUGGUUGCAAUCUUUAAAUGGGCUGUCUUCAAAUGCAAUAGAAAUCUUACGUAGUGUCGGUGAGGAUAGUUAUCCAGAAACUGAUCUCAUCGCUCAUUCCAUUGAACAUAUUCUGCAGAAUACUGAAUGGGGUGCAAUACUUGCUUUUGUUCCAGGUCUUUCUGAUAUAAAAGGGACAAUCAGAGGUCUACGUGAACUGAAUCCAAGAAGAUAUGAUGACAGUUAUGGAAGUGUACGGAUUUAUCCUUUACAUUCCAGACUCCCUACAUCUAGUGAUCGUUCAUUGUUUGAGCCCCCACCAAAAGGCAAACGAAAAGUUAUUAUAUCAACUAAUAUUGCUGAAACAAGUGUAACAAUUGAGGAUGUGGUCUAUGUAAUUGAUUGCGGUCGAAUUAAAGUAACCGAUUACGAUCCAAUACAGAAUACAUGUACACUGACGCCUAUUCUUGUUAGCAAGGCUAAUGCAUCUCAACGUUGUGGAAGAGCUGGCCGUGUACAGCCUGGUAUUUGUUACCAUUUAUUCUCAAGUUAUGUUUACGAUAAUGUGAUGUCAAGUUUUCUACAACCGGAAAUGCUACGUGUUCGUUUAGAAGAUGUAAUUUUGAGAAUAAAGUUAUUAGGUCUUGGACGAGUUAAGCCUUUCUUGACUAGUUGCCUUGAUUCUCCAUCUGAAGACGCUAUAUCACAAACAAUAACUUUCCUCAGACAAAUUCAAGCUUUGAAAGUAACACAGCCGCAGACACGCGGUGACAUUUCACUGCAAAGUCAUGGUAAAAAUCAUAAAGCAAAUCGUAAAUCAUUAAGAGAAUAUACAGAAGCUGUUAAAAAUAAUGUGAAUGCCAAUGGUGUAGACUCUUUGGAUCCAUCUAGUCUUCAGCUAAAUAUAACAGAUGAAGAAGAUGACGAAUUAACUCCACUCGGUGUACAUCUUGCUAACUUUCCACUUGAUCCACAAUGUGCUAAACUCUUAUUAUUCGGAGCUAUGUUUGGUUGUCUAGACCCCGUGUUGUGUGUAGCCGCAUGUCUAACUUACCGGGAUCCAUUCGAAAUACCUUUGGAAAAACAAGAAGAGGCUGAUAAACGUCGAUUAGAAUUAUCACAAAACUCCUUAAGCGAUCACUGGGUGUAUGCCACGGUUAUUCAAAACUAUCAAGGACUAGAUUCACCUUUCGAACGUCGACAGUUCUGUCAAAAAUACUUUCUUAACGAACGUACAAUUAAAGAUAUAAUUCGAUUAAUGCAGGAUUAUGCAUAUUUGCUGUAUGAACGAAAGUAUAUUGCAACGCCCAAACCGAAUGACACGAAUGCAAAUCGUAAUCAAUGGAAUGUCAAUCUUUUCCGAGCUAUAAUGUGUGCGGCAUUAUAUCCAAAUAUCGUUAAAGCGGAUCCAAGAUUCACUAAGGAUGGUCGACCUAAACAACCAACUAUUAUGGCUUGUCCUUCUGAGGGUAGAGCUAGUAUUCAUCCUGCUUCAGUAAACAGUAAACUUCAACCAAAUGAACCAUUAUGGAUGGCUUAUUUUAGAAAAACAAAACUUGAAUUGGGAUCUUGGCCAACAAUAUUUGAUUCAACUGUCAUAUCAUUAAGACCUCUAUUGUUCUUCAGUAGAAAUAUAGAAAUAACAAAGAAUGAUACUGGUCUUUUCACUAUUGAUCAAUGGAUUAAAUUCAAUGGAGAGAUGAAAGUAGUUAACGUACUGAAAGAUUUACGCAAAUGUAUGGAUGGAUUAUUAGAAGAGAAAUUUAAAUGUCCUAGCCUCACUAAUUGGGAUGAAACAAGUAAAGAAGGCCGACUACUUCAAACCAUUGUGGAUUUGUUAACUAGUGAACCUUUACCAGCUAUUAAUUUGCAAAACUCCAAUAGACCUAAAAUUAUUCCCAAGAAAUCGUUAUGAAAGACUCAUCAGUCAUCCGUGCAAUAACUUUUCCUUCUCAGAUAUAUGUUUACAUAUUUCUCUCAAUAACUGUAUCAUUAAUUUUCUCUCCAUUAUGUAUAUACGUAUAUAAAUGGGUGUGAUCAUUUUCUGUCAAAAUAACGAAUGUGUUUGCUAAUUUUUUAAUCAAAUGUCUGAUUGAAACAAACAAGGUACGAAUCACUUGAACUGUGUAGUUGCAUUUGUACGAUACAUUUUAAAUACGCGUACUUGUUGAGCCUAUUUACACAAACAUCAUAUCAUAUUAUUUUACUAUAGUUCCA